AUGAUCCCUCACAGUGGAAAAUUCGUACUGGUUCUCAGUUUCACACUGAUCAGCAGCUUACACAGUGCAUCCCUGAAGAAAGAUGACGGACAACGAGCAUGGACCCAUAGAAGAGCAUCUUCAGAUCGAGCAGAACAGAUCCGUCCUGCCAGCAGCUCACCAUGGACCAGCCAGACAUCUACAGCCAAUGUAGAUACCACUUUACUAUUCCCAGAUGAUACUGUUAGCAAAAACUAUGCUGAAAAUAUGCUGAAAGAUGAAGAAGCAGCCCUUACCAUGGCAUCCAAUCCCUUCAGAAGUGGGAUUGAGUCGGUAAAUGUAGCCUCAAGUAAAAAAUGGACAGAGAAUACAAACUUCUUUAAAACUGACACUCAAAAGUCAGAUACUAAUGACUCUGUAAGAAAGCUAAGUUCAUCUGAAAGCACCUUAUUACCAGGACUGGGAUCAUCUCCUCAUCCAGCCUCAAUCAGACCUGAAGAGCGUGCACUAACUCCAGCGAUAACAAAUCUUCAUGUAUAUCAUAAGUCUACCAACCACAGAGAACUACAAACUAAACCAAGUGUUUCACACGGCACAGGCCUGGAACAGAGACAGACAGACCAAGGGACAACUGAACAGGUCAAUCAAAAAAUGCCAGAGGAGUUUACUAAGAAACCACCACGAGGAAUUACAGUUGUGAACAAGUUCCCUGAGGGCUCGCUUGCACUUGACGUUUGGAAUGAAAGCAACUUUACUAAGUCCUCCUCCUUACCCGACUGCAAUAUUGACACCACGGGGGUCUGCAACUCCUCCAACCCUCUGUUGAGCCAUGGUCUCCCUGACAACAGCCUUCCUAGUGCCCCGGCUUCUGCCUCCCCAAAGCAUCCUCCUGGUGAUAUGACCCCGCCACCUGUAACAACAACCCCGCCUCUUCUGGUGCCUUUAUAUUCUGACUGGAAUGCUGCGAUGGCGACGUGGGGCCUGGCAUGGGAGCUGCAGGUAUACGGACUCGGCUGUGUAUUUUUAAUAGUGGCUGUGCUGUCGGUGUUAAGCUUGCUGUGCCUCCCUCUGUGUCAGCCGUCUGGCUGUGCCAGCUUCAGCUUCCUCCACCUUGUGCAGCUGCUUAUUGGCUCCAGCCGGGCUUUCUGGCUCCUCUAUGACCCCUAUGGGCAGCGUGAGCGCCUUCCUGUGGCCUGGGCACGGCUCCUACAUGAAAUUGCCUACCCUUGUCUAAGCGGAGCUUUUGGCCUGCUGCUGCUGUUGCUUUCUCCUCAAUUAAUUUCUCAGAACAGCCUGCGACGCUGCUUCUACCUGUUCACUGCGCUGAUAUUACUGCAUACGGUCGUAGUAUUGGGCUCGGUUGGCAUCUUAUGGCUUUUUCCUGGUCUUCCAGUUCUCUCUCUGCUACCCCCAGCAGCCUUCGUGUUACUUUCUUGUUUUUUCUCUUGCUCAUAUUUGCUGUUUUACUGCUGUGCCCGCGUUAAUGUCAAGCACAUCUACAGACUGAAAGAGAAUUCACCGGAUCAUCUUGCAUGCCAGUCCAGCCAUUGCCCGCUGCCACACACUGUUGAGGCAGGUGUGUGGGAACAGGCAGCAGAAACGGGUCUUUUUUCUGCAUUUUUCCUUCUGAUAUGUGGAGGACUGAGGCUCUAUGGCAUUCUAAAUGCAGUGGGAUUAUUAAACGGGGGCAGGAUAGGACUAAUGCCCUGGCCAUGGUGGGCUUUCCAGGUCAGCUGCAGAGUUUGUGAGGCAUGUGUUUGUCUCACACUCGCUCUCAUCCUUACCCAGCCACUCCUGUGCUGUGGAGUAGCUCGACCUAAGCUUGGUCGCUGGAGCUCAUGGUUCAACAGGUCUUCCACAGGAGCCGUUUUAGCAAAACCACAAAUCUUGUCAAGUGGCUGGAGCAAGAAAUCUGGAGAGAACCUAGGCCUGCAGGGUAGCAUGAUGAGGCAUGAGAGUGAAAGCGUGCCACUCUACACUUUAGCAGAGCUUCCACUUAGUGAAACCGAGGGUCUGGACCUUGCCUGCUCCCUCGCUCCCACUCAGCUUUCCAACAGCCCCCAAAAUGGACGCACGGUCUCUCAGCCAUCCUUUAUCAGCCUGGAUUUUACCGCGGAUCUGCGACCCCCGACUCCAAUCGACUUGCGUCGCAGCAUUGAUGAGGCUCUGAACAGUGAGGCUUUUUUCCAGCGUAGCCUUUUCAGCUCCUCCAGACUGUCUCUCAGCACGAGAGGACCUCCAGAUGGCCAACCAUGUCGAGGAACACCCGCGGAACCAUGCCUGUACCGCACCGCAUCGUGUGGCGAUGUGGAUCUGCCCACUACACCUUCUCCACCGAUGCUACAAAGCAACACAGUAUGGAGAUCCUCCAAUUCCAGGUCCCUGCACAGUGGCCCUAGGAGUCAUGGCGGUCAGACUGCUUUUUACUGUGGCUUUGGUUCUGGGCGCCACUCUCAGAGGCAGUACAGGGCCCUCGGCUCGGUCGCCUCCAAAGAACGGCUGUACGAUCAGCAGCAAAUUCGCACACAGGCCGACGAACUGGCAUCGCAAGCCGAAUUCAUCAACGUCUGCAGACAGAUAGAUGCUCUCAGUGUCAGCAGUGAUACAAUAGAACUGUAG